GAAAGGCUGACGUAUUGUUUUGGUUUAGGAUGCAUGACAGCGAAGAAACGAUUAAUAUUCCCAAUGUCAUUAAUUAACCUACAAAGUUUCAAAUUCUGCGAGUGAUUCAAGAGAAAGUAGGAAGCUGCAUAUACAACUGGAGGCAGCGACGACUUGAAAGACAUACGGAAAUAGUCCUCACUGGACUCAUUGACAUCAUAACUCACUCCUGAACAUUGUGGAUAGUUGACAGGAACAGAAGGUUGAGAACUUGAGAAUCACAAGGUCGAUCAAUUCCGUCAUUUCAUAAACAAAAUGGGGAAUCUUUGCGCGUCAUGCUGCCAGGAACAAUCGACUUACGAGGACCUUACACCUGAUCCGGAAACGAGAAGACAGCAACAAGUUGCAGCCGCUGAGAAACGAGCUCAGGAGCAGGAAAGACGGGGAAUCGGUGAUGUAAAUGCUGUUAAACGUCAACAACAGCAAACUGAAAGACGAGAGAAACUGGAAACGGAGAUAUCGAAUAUGGAUACCGAAACUGGAUUGAAGUGGCAAGUCAAUUGAAGUACUCAACCUCAAGUAUAUAGCUGCACGCAAUGGGGAUAGGUAAUGGUGUAUUGUGAGUCCAUAAGAUUGAAAAUUCAGCGUUAUAUGCAAUGAGUCAAAACCAUCAUAAUUGCAGUUGCUACAAAAUACUGCAGCGGCGUGUGAAAUUGAGGAUACGUAAAUGUUUCAUCAGUAAAUUGUUGAUUCUCAUAAUUCUAUAAAUAAUUUUGUUAAUCUGCAUAAUCUGUCCGUUAGUGUUAGAUGGAUUCGUUACUGUGAGAGGUCGUGAUUGAACAAAGCAUCUUGAACAAGUUUUUCUCAAAUACUUUUUAAGAAUUAUUCACGAUUUACUGAUCGUUGUGUAGCAUUUUUAUGAGAUAAUUUACGAAGCUUUCUACAUGGAGAAAACAUUUCUGAAAAAGUUGCGUGACAAAUUGUAGGAGUUGAGAGGAGGGGAUUGCUUUUUCAGGAAUUUUCGCGCGAAACAGGGAAAAAUGGUAAAUGAACAAAUGCUUAUUUUUUCAAUUUCGAAAUAUUUUAUGUAUUAAUUCGUAUUGUUCACGUGAUAUUCACAGUAUUUUUUCCAAAACUUUUUUCUCCGUGGUAUUAAUCACAUGAAAAUUAUCAUCGAAGUACGAGAAUAGUUACGAACUGUUCACCAAGGCAUUUUUACCACCGCAAAAAUGAUAGAUGAUAAAAUUAAGAAUGCUUUUGUGCCUACAUCACUUGUUUCAUUAUAGAUUGUACCAAGAAUAAUUGUAUUGGCUAGAUUAAGAGAUCGUUCUAUUUGAUUUAUCCCAGGUGAAGUGUUAUUUUACCAGUUUUGUUCUCAAACGAGUGGGUGGAUAAUAUAUUAUAUUAGUGUAUUGUUCAAUGCGUUUUAAUUAUUUAUUUGAUCAUUGUAAUGCAGACACUACGAGCCUUUCCGGCGCAUAUAAAUCUAUCGAUGAUGAUUACGAAAUAUUAGUAUAUUCCAAUUGUAAUUUGUAAUUUUUAUUUGAUACUGUUAAGGCAGUAGAUCAAAUACAGUUUACACGAAUGAUAAAGAGAAAUAUAUACAAUUAAUGACAAAUA